AUGCCCAAGAAGCAAAAAGAUCCGGGAAGUUUCACUUUGUCGGUAAAGAUUAGGAAUAUGGAAUCUAGAGGCGCCUUAGCCGAUCUUGGAGCAAGUGUUAGUUUGAUUCCUCUAUCCAUUGCUCAAAAGCUUAACUUUGAAAUGAUCUCUACAAGGAAGACUAUCCAAUUGACCGACCGUUUGGUGAAGUUACCUUGUGGUGAGCUUGAAUAUGUUCCUAUUCAAGUUGGGCAUAUUUACGUGCCUUGUGAUUUUGUAGUGAUGGAUAUGGAAGAAGAUGUCGAUACACCUUUGAUUUUUGGUCGUGGAGCUCUUAAGACUUUGGGGGCGGUGAUUAAUUGCAAGAACAACACCAUUACAUGUGAGGUAGUCGAUGAAAAGAUUGUUUUUGAGUUCUCUAAGUUACUCAAGACCCCCAUGGUUGAAAAAUGCUAUAGAGUUGAUGUUAUGGAUGAGGAGUUAGAUCGCUUGGGAAGGGUCAUGAUGAAGCCUCAAGAUCCAAUGGUUGAAGCUCUUACAUGCAAGGAAAAGUACCACUCUCAAGAGGCAAAAGAAUUUGUCAUGGCCAUGGAAGAAGCUCAAAAGGAAGAAGAGGGUGAACAACAAGAAUAA